CAAAACUCUUUCUAUUCUUAAUAUUUUAGUUUGCUCGUCAAUUCUUAGUAAGCCUUUUAAUUCUCUCCAAUGCUUGAAUAAGGUAAACCACAUAAUUAUUGGCGUCUUUCUUAAUCAUUGGUACUCUAGAAUAUGAACAAGGAAUCAAUCCUUUCAAAUGAACUCCAUCUUAUCGUGUAAUUUUUUUUUCUAAGUAUGAAAUCAUGAAUAAUUUUGCAGUACUUGGAAGCAAUCAUGAAUCUUUUGCUUCAAUAUAAACUCGUUCAAUGAAAAGUGAAUAUUUCCAUAUAUCUUCAAAGUUCGAUUUUUCAUCUUUCACAAGUUGACAUUAAGAAAAAAAGAUUCAUAAUUUGACUUCCUGGUUUUUCAUACAGCCAGUUGGAGUUCUUCAAGCUUCUCGUUUGCACUGUACGAUUACAAAAGAAAUUUUCAUAAUUGAAACUGAACAGAUACUGCUGGUCGCAAAAAAAUCGGGUUUUUCUAGAAUCUUAGUGACUAGGAAAUGCCAAUAAUUACGUGAUUCACCUGAUCAGUUUAUCUACAUCGUCUAUUUGGUCCUGUUGUAAUUUGUGUUAUACCUCUCACGCACUUUAAGAACUAAAUUAUUGUUCAGUUAUAAGAUGUAUCUUUUUUUAUUCCCAAAAAGUUAUUCUUUUUUUACGAGAUUAUUUUCCCGUUUGCGCAAUAUGUUGAACUCAAGAGACCGGGCUUCACAAAUUACAAGAAUCCGGUCCAAUGUUGGUAUGGCGAAGAAUCAGCAGCAGAACCAAAGCAGCAGCAGUAGCAACAACAGAGAUAACAUGUCGUCAGGUCCGACGGGGUCCGCUAUUAGCGGAGGAGGAGCCAGUAAUCCGCCAACUAGUGACGAGAGAAUUACCCUGAUCGUCGAUAACACCAGGUUUGUCAUCGAUCCGACGUUGUUCACUGCGCAUCCCAACACCAUGCUAGGCCGUAUGUUUAGUUCCGGGGUGGAAUACGCACAACCAAACGAACGCGGCGAAUACGAAGUCGCGGAUGGUAUUUCCGCAAUGGUGUUCCGCGCUAUUUUGGAAUAUUACAAGGGCAACGUAAUCCGUUGUCCACCAACUGUAAGUGUUCAAGAGCUACGGGAAGCCUGCGAUUAUCUGCUGGUGCCGUUUGACGCCAGCACAGUGAAAUGCCAGAAUCUGCGUGGCUUGUUGCACGAACUGUCGAAUGAGGGUGCGCGUUGUCAAUUUGAGGUAUUCUUGGAGGACUUGAUCUUGCCCCUGAUGGUGAAUAGCGCGCGACGUGGCGAUCGCGAAUGUCACAUCGUCGUUUUGCUCGAGGAUGACGUAGUCGACUGGGACGAGGAGUAUCCACCGCAGAUGGGCGAAGAAUACUCGCAAACUGUCAAUAGCACGGCGAUGUAUCGCUUCUUUAAGUACAUCGAGAACCGGGAUGUGGCGAAGCAAGUGAUGAAGGAGCGCGGAUUAAAAAAGAUCCGUCUGGGCAUCGAGGGCUACCCGACCUAUAAAGAAAAAGUCAAGAAGCGCGCCGGUGGUCGAGCCGAAGUCAUUUACAACUACGUGCAACGACCUUUCAUUCACAUGUCUUGGGAGAAGGAAGAGGCAAAAAGCCGUCACGUGGAUUUUCAGUGCGUCAAAUCCAAAUCGGUCACGAAUUUGGCCGAAGCGACGGCCGAUCCUGCUCUGGACCCGGCCCUGACGUUAUUGGAAGCGGGUGCGCUGCCUCCGAAUCGUCAGGGUACCGCCGAACCACCUCCGUCUUUGGCGUACGUGGACGGACCUAUGGGUCCGGUAGCUGAUCCUGAUUUGGAUCCGUUGCCAGCUGAUGAACUCCAGUAAUUACGACUAGUCGAGGCCUUAUGUUGAGGUCUAGAACACCUUAAGCCUUAAGGAAAGAGUAAUGCGAAGAUUGGUAAAUCAUGCGAAAAACUUUGGAUUUAACGUUCAUCUAAUUCUCGGUAAAUUUUCCGAUCUAAAAUUUGUGAUUUUUCAGUUUCUAAAUAGAAAUGUAUCUGUUCCCUUUCGGUCAGUUUGGAAAACUUUUCGGUUUGAGUCUUCGCGGGGUCUCUCAGAUCUGUUUAAAACGAAAAAAAGACUUAUUGAAGUUAAAAGAGGAUGUCUUAUGUAGCGUCCCUUGUGAUAGCCGUUUUUUAGGUGACAAUUUAUCGUCAUGUUAAUUCGUGAAAAUACAGGCUGGUGUUCUUCCCUCCCCCUACGAGUCCUGCCUCCCCACCGACACCUUUGUGGUGUUUUACAGUCUUGUAUAUAAGCGUGUUUAAACCUAAGACUCUCUGCGCUUAAUGUAUUAUUAUUAUUAUAUCUUAUAUACCGCUUUCACGUUUUAUACCGUUUAAUAAUGAUUAAAUUAACGAUAAACUCAUUGAUAAAUAAAGUUGAAUACGAUUUCACAAUAAA